GAACAAGACCACGGAAGGUUGAAGGAUAAUCUUCUAGUACCAGCACUUUGAAUGAGAAUUUGUUUCUCUGCCACAAACUGAUUUUUUUUUUAAAUUUUAUUUUUCUGGUGGAGGAGUUGAAACAAACCUACCUUUUGUGGCAUCGCAGCUAUGCAGCUUGAAAUUCAAGUAGCACUAAAUUUUAUUAUUUCCUAUUUGUACAAUAAGCUUCCCAGGAGACGUGUCAACAUUUUUGGUGAAGAACUUGAAAGACUUCUUAAACAGAAAUAUGAAGGGCAUUGGUAUCCUGAGAAGCCAUACAAAGGCUCAGGGUUUAGAUGCAUACACGUAGGGGAGAAGGUGGACCCGGUGAUCGAGCAAGCGUCCAAAGAGAGUGGUCUGGACAUUGACGAUGUUCGUGGCAAUCUGCCGCAGGAUCUGAGCGUGUGGAUCGACCCGUUUGAGGUUUCCUACCAAAUCGGUGAGAAGGGACCAGUGAAGGUGCUGUACGUAGAUGACAGUAAUGAGAACGGGUGUGAGCUGGAUAAGGAGAUCAAGAACAGCUUUAACCCUGAGGCCCAGGUUUUCAUGCCCAUAAGCGACCCAGCCUCCUCUGUGUCCAGCUCGCCGUCGCCUCCCUUUGGCCAUUCUGCUGCCGUCAGCCCCACCUUCAUGCCCCGGUCCACUCAGCCUUUAACCUUUACCACUGCCACUUUUGCUGCCACCAAGUUUGGCUCCACCAAAAUGAAGAACAGUGGCCGUAGCAGCAAGGUAGCACGCACUUCUCCCAUCAGCCUGGGCCUGAAUGUCAAUGUGAACGACCUCCUGAAGCAGAAAGCCAUCUCUUCCUCAAUGCACUCUCUGUACGGGCUGGGCCUGGGCAGCCAGCAGCAGCCUCAGCCGCAGCCGCAGCAGCCGCCAUCCCAGCCACCACCGCCGCCACCACCUCCACAGCAGCAGCAGCAGCAGCAGCAGCAGCAGCAGCAGCAGCAGCAACAGCAGCAGCAGCAGCCGCAGCAGCAAACCUCUGCUCUUUCUCCCAAUGCCAAGGAAUUUAUUUUUCCUAACAUGCAGGGUCAAGGUAGUAGUACCAAUGGAAUGUUCCCAGGUGACAGCCCCCUUAACCUCAGUCCCCUCCAGUACAGUAAUGCCUUUGAUGUGUUUGCGGCCUACGGAGGCCUCAACGAGAAGUCUUUCGUAGACGGCUUGAAUUUUAGCUUAAAUAACAUUCAGUAUUCUAACCAGCAGUUCCAGCCCGUAAUGGCUAACUAAAAAAACAGGAAAAGAGAGAACAUGUGUCGUACAAGUUAAAAUGCAUCGGCCCAAGGGGGACUUUUUUUUUUUUUUUUGCCUCCUUGAGAUUUUUUUUUUAAGCUUAUAGUAAGGAUACAUUCAAGCUUGGUCACAAAAUAAAACAUGCAUCUUUUUUCAUUUGCCAACCAAGCACAAUGUUAUUUUAUACUGACUGUAUAUUUUAAAGUAUACUUUCAGAUAUGGCCUCUUACAGUAUUUAAGAUAUAGCAAGGACAUGGCUGAUUUUUUUUUAUAUAUAUAUAUAAAAAAUUGGCACUAAUAAGUGGGUUUAUUGGUCUUUUCUAAUUGUAUAAUUUAAUUUAGUACAAAGUUUGUAAACUAUCAGAGGAUAUAUAUAUAUAUACAUAUAUAUAUUGUUUCUACGACACGGUAUUGCAUUUCUAUCUUUUUACUACAGUGAUCUGUGGCAGCGGCUUCAUGUUGUAUUUUUUUUACUGAAAUUGUAAAAUAUCCAUCUUAAAGACAUCAACUAUUCUGAAAAUUGUGUACAGGAUAUUCCUUUAGUGGUGGAAUUAAAAUGUACGAAUAUUUGCUUUUUCAAAAAAAUGUAUUUUCUGUUAAAGGUUUAAAGAUUUUUGCUAUAUAUUAUGGAAGAAAAUGUAAUCGUAAAUAUUAAUUUUGUACCUAUAUUGUGCAAUACUUGAAAAAAAAACGGUAUAAAAGUAUUUUGAGUCAGUGUCUUACAUGUUAAGAGGGACUGAAAUAGUUUAUAUUAAGUUUGUAUUAAAAUUCUUUAAAAUUAAAAA